AUGGGCGUUACAGCGAUCACCUCAGUGUCUGAAUUUGAAUCAGCCAUCGGCACGAAAGAAAAUAUCAUAAUAACCUUUACCCUGAAAGACUCCCGGAACGCACAGAAUGACUCCUGUGAGGCCAUCUAUCCGCUGCUUGAAGAGCUGUCCGGUAAAAGCGAGGGCCUGAAAUUCUACAAAGUCUUCAUCAAUGAGACCCCGGAUGUUGCGCAGAAAGCUGGCGUGGAUAUGAUGGUGCUGCCAGCCUACAAGGUCUACAAGGAUGGCAAAGGGCCCGUCAAAACCGCCCAGGGACCCGAUCCCAAAGAUCUGUUCGAUCUGGUUUUCAGCGUCUGAGCUUGACGCACUGGAAAGGAAGGACGGUUUGGUGGCUGUUGGAAGACUGAUUGUAUCUUAUUCUGAAGUCAAUCUAUUAGAUACGAUGUCGAUGAUUAUGGAAUGAAGAAUGUAAUUCCUGAACUCGGUUG